GGGCAGAGCAAGGCGGGGAGAACCCGACCCCGCUCCAACCUUACUUUCCCACACCAGGAAAUACCGACAUAUGAAGAUGAUCUAGAGGCGGGUUGGGAUGCGCUGAGAACAGUUGGCGGGGUGCGGUUAUCCAGUUCAGUUUCAUCAAUCAAUCCUGGAGCAACCAGGCAAACUUCAUAUGGAUAUGAUUUCAAAGUAAAAUAAAACAAAACAUAAAAAAUAAGAUGGCGCUCGAUCUGAGUAUAAAGUCACACGGUUCUGAGAGCUCUGAUGUAAAUAAGAUUCUUCGGGAACAUUCUCGAAUGGAAAUUGAGGAUAAUAACAACAACUCCGUGUCUGCGAUGAACCUGACGGUUCCUAAACUCCGGGACGAGGAGAACCAGGAGAAAUAUAUGGUUUCAUCUCCUCCGCAGUUGUCCCCCCAGCAGAUACAGCUGGACAUUGCUGCUUUAAACCUGCUGUGUCUAGCUAGGUUACAAGAAACAGCUGCUGUUCUAACAGGAAGACGACCUCUACCAGCUCAUAUGAAUAAUUCCUCCUUCCCUCUAGUCACAAACUCAAACAGGAGAAAUCAUAAAUGUGAUGAACCUGGCUGUGAUAAGGUUUACACAAAGAGCUCUCAUCUUAAAGCUCACAAGAGAACACAUACUGGUGAGAAACCUUACUCCUGUAACUGGGACGGAUGUGAUUGGAAGUUUGCAAGAUCUGAUGAACUAACCAGACAUCACAGAAAACAUACUGGGAUGAAACCGUUUAAAUGUCAUCUUUGUGAACGAACAUUUGCAAGAAGUGAUCACUUGUCCCUACACAUGAAAAGACAU